AUGGGCGACAUCAAGUCCAUCAACGCCACCAGAGUGGCCGUCACCGCCCAGUCGGCGACUGAGCUGAUUGGCAACACGCCGCUCGUUCGUCUGAACAAGAUCCCCCAGAGCUUGGGCAUCGAGGCCGAGGUGUACGCCAAGGUCGAGCUCUUCAACGCCGGCGGCAGCGUCAAGGACAGAAUAGCCCUGCGCAUGAUCGAGGAGGCCGAGAAGAGCGGCCGCAUCAAGCCCGGCGACACACUCAUCGAGCCCACCAGCGGCAACACUGGUAUCGGCCUGGCGCUCGUCGGCGCGAUCAAGGGCUACAAGACCAUCAUCACCCUCCCCGAGAAGAUGUCCGCCGAGAAAGUCUCCGUCCUCAAGGCCCUCGGCGCCACCAUCAUCCGCACCCCGACCCAGGCCGCCUGGGACAGCCCCGAGUCGCACAUCGGCGUCGCCCGCCGCCUCGAGAAGGAGAUCCCCAACGCCCACAUCCUCGACCAGUACGGCAACCUCGACAACCCGCUCGCCCACGAGUACGGCACCGCCGAGGAGAUCUGGAACCAGACCAACGGCGCCAUCACCGCCGUCGUCGCUGGCGCCGGCACCGGCGGCACCAUCACCGGCAUCGCCCGCGGCCUCAAGAAGCACAACAAGAACAUCAAGGUCGUCGCAGCAGACCCCCACGGCAGCAUCCUCGCGCUCCCCGAGGCGCUCAACAAGGAGCACGAGAACGAGGGCUACAAGGUCGAGGGCAUCGGCUACGACUUUAUCCCCGAUGUGCUGGACCGCGAGAUCGUCGACAAGUGGUACAAGACCGAGGAUCGCGAGUCGUUCCAGCUCGCGCGCCGCCUGAUUGCCGAGGAGGGCCUGUUGGUUGGCGGCAGCUCCGGCUCAGCGAUGGCGGCCAUGGUCCGCGCCGUCAAGGACCUCGGCCUCGGCAAGGGCGACACCGUCGUCGUCGUGCUGCCCGACAGCAUCCGCAGCUACCUCUCCAAGUUUGCCGACGACGACUGGCUGGCCGCGAACGACCUGCUUCCCGAGAUCAACGGCCUCGAGACGCAGGCCUCGUCGAACAAGUCCGAGACGACGGACCCCUACCACGGCGCGACGAUCCGCGCGCUGCGCCUGAAGCCCGUCAUGUCCGUCUCCGCGUCCAGCCCCGUCUCCGAGGCGUCCGAGAUCAUGCGCGACAAGGGCUUCGACCAGCUCCCCGUGCUGUCUGCGAGCGGUAACAAGCUUGUUGGCCUGGUCACGCUCGGCAACCUGCUCAGCUACGUCUCCUCGGGCCGCGCGUCCGCGAGCAGCCCCGUCAGCGACGUCAUGUUCGACUUUGGCCGUCUGGACGAGGUUGUCACGGAUCCCAGACAGAUCGCCGGCGGCGAGGCCAAGGAGAAGGGCAAGAAGCGCAAGUUUGUCGAGAUCACGCUCGACACGCCGCUGUCGACGCUCAGCAAGUUCCUCGAGUGGAACAGUGCCGCGGUUGUUACCGAGAAGAGCGAGGGCAGCAAGGCGCUGUCGAAGCCUGUGGCGGUUGUUACCAAGGUUGACCUGCUCACCUGGGUUUCAACGACACCAGGAGGCGGCGCCGCAGCUGCCUCUGUCGCCCCGAACCAGCCCGCCAACAAGACCAGUGCCGUCGCGCCAACAUUAAACAACGAGGUCGAGAUGGGAAACAUGGGCGGCGAUGCGCCAAACGCGGAGAACGACAUCAUGCAGAUUGCCAGAGUCGGAGACGUCCCAGCCAUGGAGAAGCUCUUUGAGGCCGGCGAGUACGAUGCGACUUUCUCAGACGACGAGGGCAUCACCCCCCUCCAUUGGGCAGCAAUCAACAACCAGUAUGCCAUGUGCAAGUUUCUCAUCGACAAUGGCGCCGAGAUCAACAGGAAGGGCGGAGAGUCAGUAGCCACUCCCCUCCAGUGGGCCGCCCAGAGAUGUCACUACUACACCGUCAACCUCCUCCUCCAGCACGGCGCUGACCCCCUCAUCACCGACGCCCAGGGCUACAACACCCUCCACAUCUCGACUUUCAACGGCAACACCCUCCUGCUCGUCCUCCUUCUCCACCAGGGCAUCCCCGUCGACGUCCUCGACAGCUACGGGCACACGGCCUUGAUGUGGUCUGCCUACAAGGGCUUCCCGCAAUGCGUCGACCUCUUCCUCCGCUGGGGCGCCAGCGUCCACACCACCGACGAACAGGGCUUUACCGCGCUGCAUUGGGCACUCGUCAAGGGCUCGCCCGCGUGUAUACAGAGACUGCUCGAGUACGGCGCCGACCGAUUCGCGAAGACGCAGACUGGCAAGACGCCUGCCGUGACGGCGAAGGAGCUUAACACGACCAACGCGUGGCACCGCGCCUUGAAGGAGUGUGGGUACGACGAGGACGCGCAGCCGAUCGAGCCGCAUUUCCCUGGUGCGCGCUUCCUCCGCCAGGAUAAGAGGGGAUUCGUCACCAAGUUCCUGUUCCUCUGGCCGUUCGUGCUGGUGUGGUCUAUCAUCACCAUACUGGGGAGCAUGCCAGUGUAUGCGGGCGUGUUCUUCGCGGUGAUCGUGGGAUACAGCAUCCAAUGGUGCGCGCAACAGGUCAUUGAGUUUGCGCCGCCUGAUAUGAAGCACUUCCAUAAGACUCCCUGGUUGGCAGGUAUCUUUGCCGCUUCCGUGUUCUGGACUGGCCUCAGAUGGCUGACGACCGUCUUGCCUGGCACCACUGGAUCUGCCGCCACUCAGUCGCACUGGUGGUUGAACUUGCUCUUUGGGACUUUCCUCGGCCUUACUGCCUACUUCUAUGCCGCCGCUAUGCGCUACGACCCCGGCUUCGUCCCCAAGAUGAACGGCAUCGCCGAGCAGAAGGCCGUCAUUGAUGAGCUGCUUAAGCUGUGGAAGUUUGACGAGUCCAACUUCUGUGUUACGUGCAUGAUCAGGACCCCUCUCCGCAGCAAGCACUGCAAGCGUUGCCAAAAGUGUGUCGCGAAGCACGACCAUCACUGCCCUUGGGUCUACAAUUGUGUUGGCGUCAACAACCACCGCCACUUCUUCUUGUACCUCAUCAGCUUGACUUUGGGCAUCAUCUCCUUUGACUUCCUUGUCUACUACUACCUUUCCGACAUCUCAGCCAAGGCUUCCGAUAGCUGCAACUUCCUCAGCCCUGGUCUCUGCAAGGUCGUCAACGCCGAUGGCUACACCGCGAUCCUCACCGUCUGGGUCUCCCUCCAACUCACCUGGGUCGGCAUGCUGCUCUUCGUUCAGUUCGUCCAAGUCUCCCGCGCGAUGACUACCUACGAGAACAUGUUCGGUAUUCAGGACGGCUCUGUCACCUCCGCCUUCACCUCGACCGGCACUCCCCUCGACCCGAACCACCCUUCUCUUGCAACUCCCGAGACCCAUGGCCAUGGCCACGCCCACAAGCACAAGGGCGGUCGCCUCCAGCAGUGGGCCCGUCUUCUCGGCGUCGACCCAUUCAUCGAGACCAUCCGCGGCCGUGGCGCCGCCACCGGCAACAAGCGCAGAAAGAAGAACCCCUACUCCAACGGCUGCAUGGCCAACUGCCGCGACUUUUGGUGCGAUCCCGCGCCUACAUUUGGUCCUCGCGAGAACGGGUCGGCUAUGCUGGCUGGCGAGCCUAUCAACUACACGGCGAUGUACGAGAGCCCUUCUCUCAUGAACAUGAGCCGCGGACGACGCAGAGCGGGUGGCUACGAGUCAGUCGCCGGCGAGGAGGUGUAA